UCCGUGGCAUAGACUGCUCGUCCCCGCGAAAGCCCAGCAUCUGCUCAUGCGCGUUCAUUGUCAUCCGGGUUCCUUCAAGAGCGCCUCGGCGAGGAGGCGGGAAAUGGCGUCCCCAAGAAGCGGUGGGAAAGCGACUCGUACUGGAUAGACGGGCGGAGGACGGAGACUUUUGAAGCGGACUCCGCCGUCGUGGCUACAUCUACGGCCACCCGAGGAUUUCGUUGGCGUAACCGCUGGCAUUCUUACAUGUGACUUUUGGGACAAUGAGGCUGAGAGUGCGCAAAGCAUCUCAGCAGCCAAGCCCUAGCCCACCUGCCCGGACCACCAAGACCAAGAGGAAGUACUCCGAAGUGGAGCACACAAGGCCCUCAGGAGGAGCCAGGAUGCAGAAGAGCGACACGGGCAUCUUCUCCACCAUUAAGAGAUUCAUUAGGGGCAAUGCUGUUAAGGUGGAGCAGUGUACCCCUGCUAAGAGAAGCCGUGUCGACUGUGACUCGGACAGUAACUUGAUCACAUCCACCCCACCCUCUGGGAUUCUGCCCAGCAGAGCUAACCCUAGAACUCGCAGGAAAGGUCCUGCCAAUGGAGACACCAUGGCAUGUGAGAGUAAACUGGUGAAGCCCAAUGGGAAGCUUGAGGUGCAGACAGAAGCACCUAGCAGCCCGCCUCGCACUACUCUGUUGGGAACAAUCUUCUCUCCUGUUUUUAAUUUCUUCUCACCAGCCAACAAAAAUGCUACGUCAGGCUCAGACUCCCCUGGGCAGGCGGUUGAGGCUGAGGAGAUAGUGAAGCAGCUGGACAUUGAACAGCUGGAAGAAACCCCUACUAGUACUACCACUGAUGGUAGCAGAGACAUCAGCUUUGACCCAGCACUAAACCCAAGACCUCUGCUACAUACAGACAUGGCUGCAGAGGAGGGGGAGAUUGUCACUGAGGGUGAUAUGCCACCUUUGACAGCGGUUGGAUCCAACAGUAAUUACCCUGAUGCGCCACCAUCACCUCCUGCAGAGGGGACAUAUGAAGAAGACUGGGAAGUUUUUGAUCCUUACUUCUUCAUUAAGCAUGUGCCACCAUUGACUGAGGAGCAGCUCACCCGUAAGCCAGCACUUCCACUUAAGACCAGGAGUACUCCAGAGUUCUCUCUCGUCCUUGAUCUGGAUGAGACAUUAGUCCACUGCAGCCUAAAUGAGCUGGAGGAUGCAGCCCUCACCUUUCCUGUGCUUUUCCAAGAUGUAAUUUACCAGGUAUAUGUCCGGUUGCGACCAUUCUUCAGAGAAUUCCUGGAACGCAUGUCUCAAAUUUAUGAGAUAAUUCUUUUUACUGCUUCCAAGAAGGUCUAUGCUGACAAGUUGCUCAACAUUCUGGAUCCUAAGAAACAGUUGGUUAGACAUAGAUUGUUUCGCGAGCACUGUGUAUGCGUCCAAGGAAACUACAUCAAAGACCUGAACAUACUUGGGAGGGAUCUGUCGAAGACCAUAAUAAUUGACAAUUCACCUCAAGCCUUUGCAUACCAGCUGUCUAAUGGGAUUCCCAUUGAGAGCUGGUUUGUAGAUAAGAAUGACAAUGAGCUGCUGAAGCUGGUCCCAUUUUUGGAGAUGCUGGUGGAAUUGAAUGAGGAUGUUCGGCCUCACAUAAGAGAGAAGUUUCGCUUGCAUGACCUUUUACCCCCGGAUUGAAGCUUCUGAAGCUUUCAAAGCAACCGUGACUGUUUUUAAUAAAUUGGAAUUUUCGGGGGGGGGGGGGACUGCAAUCUAGUGAGGAUUUUAACUACAGAUUUACCUUUACUGGCAAUGUUUUAGUUGGGUAUGGGUUGGGUUGUCAAAGAUUUUAAAAGAAUGACUCAAGUAUGCAUACAUUUUAUAUAAACAUUUAAGUUGAAUUGUAGUUGAAAGAGAGAACAAGAUUCAUCAGUUUUGAUUGCUUGGCCUCUACAAAUAUUUGUAAAUCAUGGCUUGGCAACAGAGGACACUCUUGGAGUCGUUCCCCUACCCCACCCCACUUAUUUUACCUAAAUUGGACUUUACAUAUAGUGCUGUAGAGAAGAGGACUGAUGUCACUCCUUUUGGUGCUCAAAGGGACACUCCUCCCUUACUAGCCAUUGACUUUUCAACAGGAAUGGCCAGUUAAUGAAAUUAAGACGUAUAGAUAUAUACAUAUUCAGUUAUGUGUGUAUAUGUAUAUAUAACAUUUGUACAUAUGUAUUUUCUUGUCAGGUUUGUAAAACGUUCCUUUUGCUCUUGAGUUCAACAUGCAUUCCUUUUGGUUGGAAGGCUUGUUUGAUAGAUAUGCUGACUUUUUAUUGAUUUUUACUAUAGGUUUGAAGUUUUAUUUUUAAAUGGCUUCUCUUAUGCUUUAUUUUCUAAAUGCUUGUAGACUGGUUUAAAAAAAAAAAAAAAAAAAAAAAAGGAACAGUGAACAUCCA